GAUUGGUUGUGUAGAAGACAUGGGUUUGCUGGAAAAGUGCAUUAAAGGUACAUAAGUUACAAUGUUGAAAUGGUAGAGAUUUUUACCUUGAAAUCUAUAAAAGUAGAGACCAGCUCAGUUCUUAUCCACUGAUGUAAUACUUGAACUACAUGAAGAUAAGAAUUAUUGUGAUCCAGCAGCAUCAUAAUGCAGUUCAUGCUAAUAGCAUUCAUCUGUUUUCAAGUUUUUGGAUUCGUAGUGUCCAAUAAAUUACCUAAUUUCAUAAGCUAUUGUCACCGUGGAGACCCUAACUUGAACGAAUGUGUAGCAAAGGCUAUGAACCAAGUAAAAUCCCAUUUAGCUGAGGGUAUACCAGAAUUUCAGCUUCCUUCUAUGAAUCCAUUGAUGCUGUCCGAAGCUUCUCUAGAAACUGGAGAAAAUUUCAAAUGCUCUUUCAAAAACAUUGAGGUUUACUAUGCUGACGAAUUCGUUUUGAAAAGUGUCAAUGUCAAUCUGAAAAAGGAUCAAGUGGAUAUGACUCUCAGGUUUCCUAGAUUGAGAAUCAAGUCUAUAUAUAAAGUUACUGGUAAAUUGUUGAUAUUACAGCUAGAUGGCAGUGGACCUGCUGAUGGAAAUUUCACCAACGUGGAAUGCAUAAUAAGCAUGAGUGGUUCAAGAUUUAUAAAAAAUAAUAAGGAAUACGUGAACUUCAAUAAAAAUGAACUGAAACUCAAUCUUGGUCAUCCUGUGAUGAAAUUUGAAAAUCUAUUUGGAGCCAACGAGGAACUCAAUGUACAAACCAACAGGAUCAUAAAUGAAAACAUAGAGAGCAUCCUAGAGGAACUGAGUCCUGUUUUGAAUAAGGUCAUCAAGGAAUUUGUGUUUGGUUUAAUUGGAAGAGUAUUUGAUAGAUUUUCACUAGAUGAAUUGUUUCCCAAAUGAGAGUCUUUCUUGAAAAUGAAGAAGUCACUUCUUUUUUUUUUGUUGAUUCAGAUUUAUAUAUGUUAUCACUAAUAUCUAUUUGGAAAAAGAAGAUCUCAGUCAUACAAUGUUGCAUUUAAAUUGUUAGGAAUUCAUGAAGUUUGUGAUAGAUUUGAAAUAAUAUUGUUUGAUCUGA